GACUUCUUCUGUACAAACAGGUUUGGUCCUAUCGGUGUGGCGCGGCGUCAAAGCUCCGAAGCUCAUUUGCGGAGAUGUCCCGAUCAACUGCGUCGUGGCUUUCAGGGCAGUCCAGCUCGAUUUGCAGAUCCCACCAGAGGAGGGUGCUUUACCUUUUGACAGCCGUGGAAGUGUGCGCAUCACUAUCAGCGAGGAAAGUGCCCAGGCAAUCAAAAGAUUGCCUGAGAUGAAGAGCUGGAGUGUGCAGCCAACAAUGGCGCCGGGAAGGGGAAAGAAAGCAGAUGGCUUGAUGCCAGGCAAGCAGAACAAGGGCAAAAAGUCCAAGACUGAUGCAGCAAAGACGAAGAUUCGCCGUGGCAAGUAUGCAAAGAAGGCGAAGCACUCCAAACUUGGCAAGAAGGGGAAGAAAAAGAAGGCCAAGGGCAAGAACCAGGAGGCAACUACAGAAGUGGAUGCUCAGCUCGUCGCGGAGGAGGCGCGUGAGCAGGCAGAUAAGAAGAAAAAGAAAAAGAAGCCAGUAGCGGUGAGCCUUUCAGUGCAACCACCGAGUUCCAAGGAAUAUCGGAGAACGCAGACGGGUUUCUCAGUCAUCAGGGGCCAGGUGCAAGAGCUCUUAGACUUGGACCAGGCAGCGUUCCCAGAUGCACCAGCCUUUUCUCAUGAAGGGCUGUGCAGGUGGAAGAUCGAUGCGGCCAAGGAGAGGACGAGGCAGCAGAUCAUCGAGGAAUCCAGUGAGGCCAUUGAUGCUUUGAA